CGUUCGCGAGCUCCAGAGAAACCCUAACAAUGGCCGCUCGAAGAGAAGAGAAGGAGGAGGAGGAGAAGAAGAAGCUCCAAAAGAGGAAGCCCAUCGAUGUCGGAAAACCCCAGAAAUCCUUCAAGAAAUCAAUGAAGGAUUAUCCUGCUCGCCCUGCUCCAGCCGAGCCGUCGGCUUCUCUCGUUCUCCAAGAUGAUGACCCUGAUUUCCCCCGAGGAGGUGGGAGGUUGCUGAGCAAGAAGGAGGAGGCGGAGGCGCGGGCGGAGGCGGAGGAGGAGUUUGAUAGGGAGCAGCGUCUUUCUAAGAAGGGUGGGGGUAAAGGAAUGGGGAAGAAGAAGGGGAAUAAGAAACUUUUUGGCGAUGACGAGGAUGAUCUGGGGUUCUUAUUCGGUGAAGGUGUCACUGGAAAGCUUCCUAAAUAUGUGAAUCGUAUCACGUUAAAGAAUAUAUCACCAAAUAUGAAGCUUUGGGGAGUCAUUACAGAAGUGAACUCAAAAGAUCUUGUAGUCAGUCUUCCAGGUGGCUUAAGAGGGUUUGUUCGUUCAGAGGAAGUGGCUGACAUAGUUUUAAAUAAUGGAUCCCAGGAUGCUGGGAGCAAUUUGCCUUUUAGAAUAUUUCAUGUUGGGCAGCUAGUUCCUGGCAUUGUCUUGGAAGUAGAUGAUGAUAAAAGGGACGGGAAAGGAAAUAAAAGAAUAUUGCUGUCACUCCGCCUUAGCUUGCUAUAUAAAGGCCUCACACUAGAAGCUGUUCAAGAUGGCAUGGUUCUGACAGCCCAGGUGAAGAGCAUUGAGGAUCAUGGCUAUAUUCUUCAUUUUGGUGUAUUUUCUUUUAGUGGAUUUUUGCCAAGAAGCUGCCUAGAUGGUGGUAAGGCUACUGUUGGGCAAUUGAUACAAGGUGUUGUCAAGAGUAUAGAUAAGGCACGAGCUGUCGUGCAUCUAGAUUCAGAUCCUGACCUGGUGUCCAAAUCUGUAAUCAAGGAUUUAAAAGGGCUCUCCAUCGAUCAACUGGUUCCUGGCAUGAUGGUUAAUGUUCGUGUACAUUCUACACUCGAGAAUGGAAUUAUGUUGUCAUUCCUAACUUACUUUACUGGAACGGCAGAUGUAUUUCAUUUGCAGGAUUAUUUUCCUAGUUCCUCAUGGAAAGAUGACUAUAAACAUAAUAAGAAGGUGACUGCCCGCAUCUUAUUUAUUGAUCCCACGACUAGAGCUGUUGGACUGACCUUAAAUUCAGACCUAGUGCUUAACAAGCCACCUCCCUGUUUUGUCAAAACUGGCGAUAUUUAUGAACAAUCACGAAUAGUCAGAGUUGAUAAAGGAAUUGGUCUUCAUCUUGAAAUUCCUUCAUCCCCCAAGCCUUUUCCUGCUUAUGUGCAUAUGAUGGAUUUUGCUGAUGAAGGAGUUUCAAAGGUUGGGAAAACCUUUAAGGAAGGUGGCCAUGUUCGUGUUCGUAUUCUUGGAAUGAGACAUCUGGAAGGCAUAGCAAUGGGUACCUUGAAGGCGAGUGCCUUUGAAGGUUCUGUUUUUACUCAUUCUGAUGUCAAGCCUGGUAUGUUGGUAAAAGCUAAGGUUUUAGCUGUUGAGAACUUUGGUGCAAUUGUACAAUUCUCAAGUGGUGUAAAGGCGCUUUGCCCUCUUCCUCACAUGUCAGAAUUCGACAUUGUGAAACCUGAUAAGAAAUUUAAGGUUGGAGCUGAGUUGCUUUUUCGUGUGCUGGGUUGCAAAUCCAAGAGAAUAACUGUCACCCACAAGAAGUCCUUGGUGAAAUCAAAGCUCAGUGUGCUUUCCUCGUAUGCUGAUGCCACUGAAGGAUUAAUAGCGCAUGGAUGGAUUACCAAAAUAGAAAAGCAUGGUUGCUUUGUGAGAUUUUACAAUGGAGUGCAUGGAUUUGCACACAGAUCUGAGCUUAGAUUGGAUCCUGGAAGUGAGCCAGAUGCAGUAUACCAUGCUGGACAAGUUGUGAAAUGCAGGGUAAUCAGUUCAGUUCCUGCUUCACGAAAGAUCAAUCUUAGUUUUUUCAUAUCACCAAAAAGGACUUCUGAGGAUGAUGUUUGCAAGUUAGGAAGUCUUGUAUCUGGUGUUGUGGAGCGAUUAACUCCUGGAGCAGUUGUAGUGCAUGUGCACAGUCACUUGAAAGGGACUAUCGCUAAUGAACAUUUAGCAGAUCACCUGGGGCAAGCCACAAUACUAAAAUCUUUAUUGAGACCUGGAUAUGAAUUUGAUCAACUCUUGGUGCUAGUACCCAUUAUAGAAUUAUUCACGAUAAGGAUGCAUUAUGUAGUGGGUGCAGUAAAAAGUUUUGUAGGGCAUGUGGAUUACUGCAGUGCAGAUCAAAUGUCUAGGCUAGAACUAAUUAGCAUGGCUAAGGAGUUUGGGUUGGAUAUUGAUAGAUGUACAAUUUGGUGGUUGGUUGUAUUUGGUGAGGUACAGGAUCUGAAAGAAAUAAAAACAGAUUCAGAUGCUUUAAGUAUGGCACUUUCUGUAGGGGCUACCAAGGAGGUUAAUGUGUACAUUAAAUAUGCAAGGUCUGACUGUGCCCAACAUGAAACUAUCCACCAUGAUGAAGGAGAAGAUGGUGACGGAGAUAAUAAUCAAGUAGGUGUUGAUCAAGGAUACAAAGAUGUAGAAGCUGAAGAGGAAGAGGAGGAUGCAGAUGUUGGACAAGAUGGUGACUUACAAGGUAUCUUGUUAGGAAAAAAAAUUAAGGACAAGGCAAUGGAUGAGGAAAAUGAAUUUUAUGAUUGA